AUGCGCCGGGAUAACGCAGCUCCUAGUGAACCUGGAGAGGAGGACAGCAUCUGGGGUGCGUCAUUGGGCGACGUUGUUACGCUUUAUGACGUUGACCUUCCCGAUCUUGGCCCACUCGGCAUCAAUUGGAUCUCGCCUGGCUAUCAGUACGAUAUUGACUGGAACAUGUUACCCAACAAUGGCACUGGGAAGUUCCCACUUGACCCGCGCGGACAACAAACACCAGACGCCAUCAUCCCAAUGGUACAUGACACGGAUCGCAGUUUCCGUCAGCAAACCCACCAACCUACCUCUUUGGUUAUUGAAACUUCAAGUUGCGACAGCGUGCAGAGCACGCAAACGCCCCUCACCGCUAGUGCAGAGUACUAUGUUAACGGCGAUGGCUCACGUGCGCCAUUCAGAGGCCGAUACCAUGAUCGUGGUUCACUUACUAUUGAUCAAGCACUACCGACCGGCCUCAAGGUAGGCAAUGCACCAGAAGCAGCUUCCCCAUCCUGCUUAUCUACAUUGUGCUCUGAGGAGGCGUACAGUAUAUUGCUUGAUACACUCAGACACCACGGACUUGAUUCGAACGAACCAGGCGUCGAAUCAACGGCAUUCCCAACUCAUGCACAGAUUGAGCUCUACGUGCAGCAGUACUUUGCCCGCUUCAACCCAGUCUUCCCUUUCCUGCGUAAAACAAAUUUCGAAGAAGAAAGCCCCCAGAGAUGGCUGCUUCUCCUUGCUGUUGCUGCCAUAGGGUCCAGAUUUGUCCCCGGAUCUCGAGAUUCAUAUAAUAUCCUCUCGGGACGGCUAGACGCUGCGCUUGAUCGUUGCAGACGUGGGCGUUACUCCGCAUUCGGUAAUGAUUUAUACGUACCUGGUGAAAAUCUGGUGGCAGCCAGUCUCGCUGAUGUUCAAAUUUUGCAAGCUGGUAUACUGCACCUUGUUUGCCUACUGCAGUCAGGAACGCAGGGAUCUAUGGACAAGGCACUGAGAGUGCGUCACGAUCUUGUCAAUAGCUGUCGCUCCCUAAGACUCCUGGAACUAAGCCCCGAGAGCAGUAGUGUCCUUUCUUCGUGCACGUCUCCUGGCUCACCAGGCUGGUUGAAGAGCGAAGCGAGCAUCCGGACUGGGAUCUCGCUCUGGUUGUUUGACUCUUCAAUGAUGUACGAAUUUGGAGCUCGACCUUUGUUGAACAUUGAUGAUGUGAGAACUAAACUGCCGUCAUGCGAAGACAUAUGGCAGGGCGGCUUGCAGAAUCGUCCAGAGCAUGAGUUUCCCCAGUCUAUGACAUUGACUGAGGCCCUCGAGGUUCUCUACAUGGAGAAGAGAUUACCCGUGGGUCUCAACGAGUUCAGUGUGGGAGUGCUGAUACACGCAAUCUACCGCCAUACAAAGGAUAUGCUGACUGCAAGUCGACUGAGAUCGUGGGUUCCUUCAGCAACGGCAGAACAUCGAAGCACCAGUCAACACAAUCGUCAACCUUUGGACUGGCUUCCUUCGACUCAGAUAGGUUCCAAGUGGCGCAACAGUGCUUGCGACUCCUUGGACAUAUUGCACUGGCAUGCCAACAGCAAAGUGGCAACAUCUUCUGGGUUUGAACAUCAUACAAUCUUGCAACUGCACCUCGCACGUAUCAUAAUACUCACGCCUACUGGUUGCAUUCAAUCUUUGGCGAGAGGUCUGACUGAUAUUACUCAGUACGGAGCUCAGACUGACAGCCGGAUUCGUCUAGAUCGUGCACGAAAUGAGUUACUGCAGUGGGUCGUUGGAGAUAGAUAUAAGACCAGGCUUGCUGUGAUUCACUGUGCUGCGCUUUACUGGCAUGUACGAAGGUACAGUCGAGACAGUGUGCAAGAGCCCUACGCCAUUUUUAUCGCAACCCUUACUUUGUGGGCGUUCUGCGUGACCAUGCAACUACCAGAAGUUUCCGAGGCUAUUUUCAACGACAGAGAUGGCGUUCCAGAGCCAAGCUUCUGUCAUCUGGACCGACCCUUGGAUGAUGAGCUGGUACAGCUGUUCGUACGCGUUGGUCAUAGGAUGUGUCCCAACAUUUCGAAGGUUGGCAAUAUCCUCGAUCCCCAAGCUGCCCCUAAUAUUCUUCGAGAAGGACGGUGCCUUCUUCUGGCGGGGUCACGAGCGUGUGUCAACACGGAUAAUAUAGCACCACAAUUCACAUGGGGUAUUGAGGAGUGCUAUGUAAAGUCAUUGAGUGGGAUACUCGAGACCAUGUCGUGUGCGGAGAGGAAUGGCACGAACCAGAGCUCUCUAAUCUUCCCUUGGUGCUUGGCGCUGGUCUGA